GUAGCGCGACAACACCGAAGCGACAGACAGGACUGAAGGGAGACACAUUUAAUCAGUCUGCUUUAAAUACCGGAAUAAAACCGCGUUAGCUGGGUGUGUGAACAUGACUCAGUGAGUGAUGAAGAGACAGAAGUACUUCACCCCCGCUGAGGUGGCUGCUCACAACACCGCCGCCGACCUGUGGGUGUCAUUUCUGGGCAAAGUGUGUGACCUGACCCCGCUGAUGGAGCAACACAAAGGCGACGCUCUGCUGUUACCCAUCAUGGAGCGUGCAGGAAAGGACAUCAGCUGCUGGUUCGACCCUGAAACCAAAGAUGUGCUGAAAUAUGUAGACCCAGUGACUAACUGUGUGAGGUACUACACCCCCAGGGGCCGCUUUGUGCACAUUCCCCCCGCCGGCCCUCGCUCCGACUGGGCCAGUGAUAUCGGCCAGCCCUGGUGGAGGGAUGAACGCUACGAGGUGGGACUGCUGUCUGCUAAAACCAGGUGGAUACGAGUCCUCAACACGCUGACAUCACAGGAGCAGCGCCUGCAGGUGUGCUCAGAGGAGACUCUGGCUGAGAUCCUUCAGCGUUACCUGCGCUACAACUCCCACGCCUGCAGCUACACCUGGAAACAUGCUGGAGCCAGCCUGAACAUGAGCUGGACGCUCAGCGAGAACAACAUCCCCGACGACGAUCUCGAGCUCCAACAGCUGCGACUGGACCGAGACCUCUUCACCCCCGCCAUCCUCCUCCACUUUAACGAUGACCUCACUGAGGGCUGACCUCUGACCUCAUCAAGGAGGACAGCUGGGAGGUGACAACAGAUCAGUGUAGAGAAGAGUCACCAUGAGAGCAUUAUGACCAGGACAUUAAAUGUUCAUGAGAAAUAUGUGGCUCAUUUAUUCUGUUGACUCAAAGAUCUAGAUGGGACUUUAAUCUGAGACUUUUUUAAUUGGAUGGAGUGUGAUGAGGUGGUUUAUCAUUCAUGUUCGCCCCAGGAUGAAUUCUAAGAACUUUUGUGAGCCUGACUUUUUACCUAUCGCCAUCAUCAGGUCAGUUUCGUGUGUCCAGGCGCCUUGGGGUACAGACUUCACAGUGCAGUGCCCUCCUAACCUAACCUAUGUAAUUUAAGCACAUAACUUUACCUUGCAUCCCCAAUGUUGCAUUAACGUUGCAUGCAUCAAGGUGCUAUUGUUUGGUUUACGACCAAGUACCUGCAGAACUAAUGACAUUCCCGUACAUACUGCUAAUAGAGUGCUGCAGGGACAGUGUUUUUCUGUUGUGUAGUUGCCCUGGUUCCCUCGUCAGAAAGCCAGUGGGAUUAUCACAUGCAAGCGUGUAUGAUCCUUACACGUUUUGUUCAGUAGAUUAAUCUCAAGAUAAUCCCACUUUAUGAUUCUUGAAGCCUAACAGAAGUAAAAAAGCUAACAUUAGGCUAUAAACAAACUACACCAUGGUCGGAUAUUUUAACGUCACCACCACAAUGAGGCUGUAAAGUUGUGAUCAGCGUGAUGACGUUCUGUAGCCACCGUCUUUUUCACAGUGGGUUAUUUACUGAUGUAUUUUAUGUCAUACAGAAUGUGAAAGUCUCCUCAGCUUGUGAUAACCACAGACCUUCAAAAGAACACACUGACUUUAAGAUGAGGGAACAGGAAGUUAUAACUUGAUGACUCAUUUCUGGGUUUAAGCGGCUGUUGCACGCAAAAGAUGCGCUCAAACGCCUGAGCAACACCAGAGCAACACACACACUUUCCUGAGCGCCUUUUUGUCGGGGGUUGUGCCCUGAGAUUAACAGAGUUCAAUAUGGUUCAAAUGGAAUACAGCAGUGCACACAGCAUGUCAUGUGAUGAGGACCAACCAAUCACAGCUGACAGAUCCCUUUCCUUCUUCAGUAAAUAUCAGUGUGUGAUAAAUAUGGAGGAGAGGUUGAUCAUGUUAGUGCAGAGCUGUCAGAGCGUCACAUCUGUCAACUACCUCCAGAAAGCAUAAUAGCAUCCAGUGCCCAACUUUGUGUUUUCCAGGCGGUUAAAGAUAUGGCAUGUGUACGGUCCCUUGGGACUCAUUCCUGCAGCACUCUGUUAACUGAUGCUAGCAGCCUAACAUGCUAAGCUAACAUUUUACCUGUUUAAUAUUAAAGGGAGCACAAAUACCAGUCUCCUGGGGACUUUGAUCUUUAUACAACAUUACACAAACUUUGACACUUUUUACGUCACAUCCUCCUCUGCUCCUGUCAUUAUCACUUUGGCCAGUAGAGGGUGUAAGUGAUCAUAAUCAGCUUCUUGCACAGUCGAGCAUGUGCUCAUUUUUAUUCUGUCCCUCGUGAGGCUAGGUAAUUGAAGAACAAUUCUCUUUUAACAUGUUAGCAUUGUCAUUGUAAGCAUGUUAGCGUGCUGAUGUUAGCGUUAAGCUAAAUACAGCAUCUUGGUCUGAAAAGUAAAGCACAAACUUAGAAAACAAAUAAUUAAAUAUUUCACUGACAAAUACAUGUAAGUUGUAUAAGCAACUUUGUUCAUGAGGAUUGUUUCUCAGCGCCGGCGUCUUUUUCCAGUUGUUUCUAAUGAGGAGAGAGUGUCUGUGGCUGCCUAGACAAAAAGCGCUGCACCCAGCUUCUUUUUUCAGUGCUUAGAAUUUUUUUCUGCAGCCACUAUGAAUCAGCUUCUGUCUAUCUAUGUCAGUCAGAAACUAUGACAACAAAGAUCAAAAGAGAAGCCCCGGACCAUAGAAGAAGAAUAAGUCAGACACUGAAUGUUGCUGGUUAGUGUUGUACUUUUCUCACCGUACGUAUUGUAAGCUCGGAGAAAAGCACUGGUAGGAUGAGAUGAAGUGCUCCCCAGUGCCCUGCCAAUGUUUUUCUGCCAGAGAAAAACACUACGCUGACACACAGCCUAACAGUGAGGGUGGUUGCUUGGUGUCAAAGGUUAAAGGAGUGUAUUCCUACAGAGUUUGAUUUGAACCUUCGUGUAAACAUUAUUUUGAGGAAGUGUCGACUGGUG